CGUCCCCAACGCAACUACCGUGGGCUCAUUUCAAUAUUUUGUAGUUUUCUCAAACGCUUUCACGAUUUUAUCAUAUUUUGCGGAUUAAUUAUACACAACAAUGUAAGCGAGUAAUUCAAAGCAUGUGUGAUAUAAUUAAUUUCUAAAAUAAUAAAAAGUAAAACUUAUUCAGGCACCAUGCCAAUGUGUCGUGCUGACACGAUGUUUCUCCAAAACGUAAUGUGUCGACGUAACAUUUGAUUGCAUGAAAAGUUACUGUUGACAAUCUCGAGCAAAAUAAUAAAAGUAAAAUAAAAUUGUAAAAUUACGAACAUGAAAUCGACAUUUUGCUCUUUAGAUAACUGGUUGCCAUUUCAUUUAGAAUUCGAGCGAGAAAUAGAAACAGGCAGUACGAUUAGCACAGCGGCUAAUCGAUCGACUGCUGCGCAACGUGUAGCGGGGUUCGAUUCCCGCACGGAGCAACGUUUGUGUGGUCCUAAUCUUGCUUUUCGAGCCGGAGCCCCGAUAACCCGCUAGGCAACUGUGGUGGUCUGCCCAUGCAGGGCACAGCGCCAAAACAAAGGUAACACAACUUUGUGUUCAAUUGUGAAUGCACGAUUUCUUGUGUCAGCCAUGUGAUGUGUUUAUGAAUUUGUAUCACACCAUGUCAUAGUGUAUCCCUGUGUUUGAGGCUAUAAUGAAUUCAAAACAGUUCGUUUGGUACUUGUUCAGGAUUUCCGAAACGACUUGUUUUGCUUUCCAUAAAAGGAUAGGCACGACGCGACACGCGCACAAUAAAUAAGCCCCUGCUAUUUCAAUAUCUAUCCUAAUCUUUUAAUAUGAAUAUUAUUAUCAGUUUCAAAAGUACCAAUAUCAAAUCAAGUAGAUAUUCAUCUAUCAGUAGGUAGAUUUUAAUCGACGUGAUUUCCGGAGUUGAUGUCAUUGGCAAAAUGACUCUCUCCGAGUCAUUUGCAGAACAUGAAAUGAAUGCUAAAGUAACUUUCGAGUUAUCCUCCCGAGAGCACUCUGUUUUAUUUUAUUAUAGAUAGAUACUUAGUCGAGCGAAUCCGGCAGCUGUCGCAGUCGCUAGCGUAUAAUAAACACUACAAUACAAAAUGAAUACCUACUUGACACCGCGUUAUUAAUGAACCCACAGAACAAUAUUCGCGUCACCUCGUCGUGGCCUAAAAUGCAAAUAAAGAAAAAUACCACUACUCCUCGCGAGCACGUGAAACAAACGUUACCAUGACAAUUAUAUCGAUCGGCGGCUUUUCCGAGGCUUUUCCCUGAAAGUCUCAUUCGCGUGUCGCCUUCUGAAACAAUAAGGCACCAAAGUCUAGACACCCAGUUCGAUACUCGCCGGGUUGUUUACUGUCUGACCCUUAUACAAUAGCUUUCAUAAUUGUUCCAAUAUGGAUAUUUAAUGCGUGCGUGUUGGUGCCGUUAAUUUUAAAAAACUGUCUGCUUGGUGAUUGAAUCGUGUCGGUAGUGCGGGUCCAGCAGCCGUGGACAAUGAGUGCACGCGCGAAGCGAACCGAGACGUACGCUCGGGGCUGGCAAUGCGCGAGCGUCCGUUUUUAAAAAGCACUCAUUAGCUGGUGCACCGUAACUACGCUGCGGUAGUACAAAACGCAACGUGUGUGCAAUACGGGGCAUUAGAAAGUGUAAUGAAUAUUGUGGUGCGAUGCUGUCAGUGAGCAAGCCGGCGUCGCUAGUCCAGCAGAAGAAGCAGCAGUGGGCGCGGGAGAGAGAGGAAAUGUCCCACCUCUAUUUGCCGUGGGGCUCCGGCGAACGGUAUACGAAUCGUUUACAAGUGCGGAAUCAAUUUGCCAGUACAUUGGAACUACAUAAGCAGUCGUCUUACGAGUAUCAGGAGCCAGUGCAGCGUCAAAGGAGUCCGAGUUUACCGCCGAUACACAAUAUUGAGGAGAGAUCUGUGAAAGAUGACAGAAGGAACACAGUGCUUAACCGGAAUAUGACGAGUGCCAAGAGGUUCUCCUUUUACGACGAAGACGGAGAAGGCGAUACUUCAGGGUACGGCAGUGAAACAUUGAACCACAUGAACAGAAGCGGGCACAGGGCUAUUCACGAAGCCAACAACCACAGUCCUGUCGUGGCGUGGCAACAAGAAGGAAAAGACGACAGGAAUAGGGAUUCCAGUGGCGGUAAGUCAGGCCUGUCGGAUGGGGCGUGGUCAGCCCGAAGUCCACGGACGUCGGAAGAGGGCCGGCUACGAUGGGGCGACCGCGGCGUCGCCACUGGCAGGCUCUGGGAACCCACUGCGCCUAAUGCCAGACUGCCCCAGAUGCCCAAUCAAAAGAAAGGCACGCCAUCCUGGGUCGAGCGUGGAUUGAAUAUGAUAGACAACACAGCAGAGGUACUAGUCAUUGACCAAAGAAGUUCCAGUAAUAGCACUGGAAUAGAUUGCGAUAGAUCUUCAUGCAACGGAAGUGACGAAGGAAGGACGUUUCUAAGAGGACAAAAUGUUCCCAUUGAGCCUGAAAUCAAAGCUCAGCGAGAAAACAAACGCUUAAAAGCAUUAGAGUUGCAAUCAGCGAUACUGAAUCAAUUAGAAGACAGAGAGAAACGGCGUCAAGAAGAGAGAGAACGGCAGCUUAGAGAAGAGAGACUAGAAGAACUACGGAUACAAAGACAGCAAGAAGAAGACAGACUUAGACUAGAGGAAGAACGAAGAAAACUAGAAGAAAAACAACUGAUGGAGCAAAAGAAAUUGGACACAUUGAAGAGAGCUUUAGAAGACGCUGAAAGAAAAGCUAAGCUAGAAAAAGAGAAGAGAUUUAGUUUCCAUAAAAGAAAUGUAAAUACUAAUGCAGACAACGUUCCUAAACCUAAAGUAGAAGAAACCCCAGUAGUAACUGAAACCACGCCACGUGUAGAACCUACAAGUCCUACCAAAACAAGUAGAACAUAUGACAUACAUUCCGCGAAAAGUCAAAAAAGGGAAUGUAACUCUCAUCAAACGACAGAAUUCAAUUCGCCACGAUCAGUAGGCCCAGGGAAUCUUAAUUUGUUUAUUCAUAGCGUACCUCCAUUAGCUUUGGCGGAUGGACAAUUUAACAUCGUGCCGAUUGGGUUAAAUGGUGCUAAUGAAGUAAUAAACACGCAGCCAAAUAAUAUACAAUUAGCAGUAUUAGUUCCUCAGAAUGUGGCCAACAAUUUGUAUAGCGUUUCAUUAAACAAUAAUGUGAAUGAAAUUAAUGACAUAGGAAAAUUAUUAACACCAAAUAAGUACAGAACCUUGAGAAUGAAAGAUGCAGCAACUCAAACCGAUUCAAUAUUUAAAUCGACAACCGAUAAAAUCAUAGAGACCGAGGAACCCGAAAGAAAUAUUGAUAAAGACUAUCCAAAUAUUGACGAAAAUGCACCACAGGACAGUCAUCAUAACACAUUGAAAAAAGAUAGACGUUUUAGGUCUGAAGAGAGAUAUAAAAAAGAUUUAGAAAAUCGUCCAAAGUGGGGCGUUAACAGACCUGCAGCUCAGUAUAAAAAACAAAGUGAAAAAGAUCCAUUCUAUAGCCAAAAGAGAAAGAUGCGUCAAAAAUACAGACCUCAAGCAAGACAAUAUCUAUCACAUUCUAGUGACGAUAGUCGUUCUCCAAGUCCACCAACAAGGUCGGAAAAAACAAUCGAAAAUGGCAAUAAACACAGAAAUUCAUUAAGUCAAUCUUAUUGGCGAAGUAAACGGUCUAGUCAAGAUUUAUCCAAAUCUAUAAAUAUUACUGAGAUAACAAACAAUUUGCAGCCCGAUUUUAAUUCUUUGGCACAAUUAACAGGCAACGAAAACACAGAAACUAAAAAAUCACCUAAAACGUCUCCUAUGAAAAGAAUGACCUUAUCGCAGAAAUUUAUCAACGAUAAAUAUGGGAACAGAAAAUUAUGGAUAGAUGACAUUAAUGAGAGAAAUGGAAAAUCUAACCAGUUUGACGCUGAAAACAGAAAGAAAAUUAUAGACCAAAUAAAUACUGCCAAAAGAGAACUUUAUGAUAAACACGAAGAACAAGAAAAUUAUGUAAAAACCAAAUUUUAGAUUUAGA